UACCCGUUAUAUUGCGUAUGCUGCAACAUGCUGUUACUGAAGAGUUAUUUUGGCACAUUAUGCGCUCAUGUAUAUAUGAUCAUGAUUAUAGUUUUGCUUAUUUCUACGAUUACUGGUCAGCUUCGAGAGCUGCCUAUUUUUCUGGUCAGAAAUAUGAUUCAUUAACAAGGCGAGAAAAGUAUAAUCUCGUAAACGGGGUAGAACAACUGAAAACUUGGAUGAAUCAAAAGCAUUAUCCUGUAAUAAAUGUAAUACGAAAAUAUGAUCAGUUACGAUUUAAAGUCGAGGAUGUAACAAUAGAAAUUGUCAAUAUAACAAAGAGGUUGAGUAUACCUUUGACUUAUACUACGCAAAUACAAUUGGAUUUUAACAAUACUUCGCCUGAUAUUUGGCUACUCUACAAAAAAUCAGAUAUCGCGCAAUCCAAUAAACGAUAUAUCCGGAAGAUUAAAAAUCUCACAAGCGAUCAAUGGAUAAUAUUCAAUUUACAACAGACUG